UUAAUGCUUUAUUUGGCUCAGUUUAAGUAAGAAAUCUACAGACGGUUUGAAGCUAGAAAGCCUCUUCCUGUUGGUGAAUUCAGUGAUGUUCUUGCCGGCUGACUUACCGCUGUGAUCUUUCGUCUGUUUUCCCAGUGAGUGAAACUAACACUCAGACUCUCACCUAACUACCACACAGUUUACUCUGCCAGCAUGUACUCGGUUAUCCUACUGGUACUUGCCUUCCUUUCCACUGGACUGAGUCCUGGUGUGCUCGCAGUAGAAGACAGUGGUCCAUGUUAUAAAAAGUGUCCAGCUGGAUAUCAUAAAACGGAUACUUGUACGGAUCCAGAGAAUAGUUUCAGAUGUGAAAAAUGUAGUAAUGGCACUUACACAGAGAUUGAGAAUGAAUUAAAGAAGUGCGAGAAGUGUACUGUAUGUCCUCAUCUGGAGGUGGAAAUACAGCGCUGCCUCUAUAAUAAUGAUACUAAAUGUGACUGUCCAGAGGGACACUACUUUUCUGGUAACCACAUGUUUAGAGAUUGCCAACGAUGCCCCUUGACACAUUGUGAAGAUGCUGAUCAUCUUGAUUGCAAAAGAAAGUGUCAGAGAAAUACUGCAAUACAGAUUACCCCCAUGGUUCCAAAUACAACCAGACCUGCAAUUGCGACUACAUUGGAAACCAUCAAAGGAAAAUCACCAGGAUCCUCAGACUCCACUUCAGUGAAACCCUAUCUUAAUGGAUCAGGGAACCAGAUCCCAUGGAUUCUAUUUCUGGUGGCAGUUGUCAUUAUGACUUUGCUGGUGCUCUCCUGGCUCCUGCUCCUCAACAGGAAUCCUCUGAGAUAUCCUCCAUGUUGUCCCGGCUGGAGCUCUAACAAAGACCUUGAGCUGCCUGUCGAGGACCCCAUAUUUAACGAACAACGCAGUCAAGUUAGCAGCCCAACCACACUGAAACUCAAAAUCACUAAAGGAACUGCCCAGGAGAGUCUUCUAAUGCAAAACAAUGGACAAAAAACUUCAAGACAAGAAGAACAAUCAGAGCACUGGCCCGCCAUCGUCCUCUAUGCUAUUAUCAAGGAGGUGCCCUUACGUAGGUGGAAGGAGUUCUUACGUCUGCUCUCGGUGGCUGAUCAGCAGCUGGAGCGGGUGGAGCUGGAAGCUGGUUUGGGACUGGGCUCCAUAGAGAAGCAGUACCAGAUGCUAAGACUAUGGAGCCAGCGCCCCUUUGCGAGUCUGAGCGAUGUCUUCUCAGCUUUGCACUACAUGGAAUUAUCGGGGUGUGCUCAGCUGCUGCAGGAAAGCCUGGAUAAUCUGCAGUUUAGGAUUUAACUGCAGCAAGUCAGGGAACAGAAAUGACAGAAUAUUGUUUCAUUGGACACCUGUGCAAAAGACUAGAAACCUCCAGUUCCUGAAGAAGACUUUACAAACCAUAUCUACUAUAUGGUUCAACAGCAGAAAACUUCAAAAAGUACCCAUACAUAGUAUUUCAAAUGUAUGCUGCCAUCCAGCUAAGACUGGGCAUUAUGGAGCACUGGUGAGACCGGGACUGGCCUGAAACAUUUCAUGGAAUUAACUCAAGCCAAGUUUGCAAUAUUUUCUUUUUUUGGGCUCUUUUUUUAUUCAAGAUUGUUUUUUUCUAAAUGGACUCUUGAUAUUCACACUUUAUAUGUUAAAGCAAUGAAUUUGUUGUAUUGCAGGGUCAGCAGCAGAACAGGAGCUUGAGUUAUCAUGUGGCAUAUUUAAAAUGCAUUUAAUAACAACAACAACGGCGGCAGCAGCAAUUUGAUUUUUAGGAAAACAUCAUGUCCGGUAACUUUAACUUGUAAUCUAGGUGGAGGAAAAACAUUGCACAGAGGGAAAUCCCCUUUCACGCUUCAGAACACCUGUAAGCAACAACUCCAUCUUUUAGCUUCUUGUGGUGUCACUUUAAGGCCAUCAAAGGGGUGGCUGUGGUUUCACAGCUGAAUUGUGUUUAGUCUACUAUUGAUCAUGUAUGUAAAAUAUACACAAGGAGUGCUCAAAAGCAAAAAAACAUGUUUGAAUUAUAACAAGUUUUUAAGGGGGGUAAAGAUAAAAUAAUGACUCUUCUUUGGAUUGAGUAUGUACUUUAAGCUGUGUGAAGAUUUCAGUGUAAAUCCAGGAUGUUUGCUGAAGAUCAUUUCAACAUGUAUGACAUCAUCUUCAUCUCACUUGAAAUGAGAGACUGUUGAAUUAAACUCAGCCACUGAGUGUUGUUGUGCACCAUCACAAAGGAAGUCAAGAGAAAUCCCCACAGAACGUCAGAUCUUCAGUUUACUGCAAAUAAAUGGUGUCAGUGCUGGGUUUUUCCUAACCACAUAUUCCAUCCAAACUGAUGAUUUCCUGUAGUGGGGUUGGGGUAUCUCACUUUGAGAAUUUUUUUGUAUGUCAGUUCAGUGACUGACAGUAAAAGACUUGGAUAUUCCAAGUAUGAAGUCUAUUUAUAUAUGUUUUUAAUAUAAAUAUAGAGCGAUGAUGUGAUUUUGGUCUCAGGCCCUCAGACAUACAGUAUAUGUGGGUGUGUGUACAUAUUUUCAUGUAACUGUUUUCAUUUUCCUUUUCUUCUGAUGUGAUCUAUGACACGCAUGUAUAAUAACAUUAAACUGUAGAAUGUGUCAUCAUUC